GGUGUUUAUUGUCAUUAUUAUUAUUAACAUUUCAAAAGAUUUUGUCAUUCAAAAGUCAUGCAAGCAUAAAGACCUAUCUGCAUAAGACCUAACUCUGAAAUGCUGCAGGAAAGAUGGGUGGGUUUCAGUCCAGUAAAAAGCAAACUAUCACAUUCUGCACCCAGUUAAGGCCUGAGGACACACUUCAUGCUGUGCCUGUGGACAGUUUUAUAGGGACUGGUACCUUCAGUGAUCCUGGAGUAACAGGUAAAGCCAGCCCAUACACUUCAGUGAUGAGUCACUGCUUACACAAAAGUUGUUGGAUGACAUAAGCAUAUGAUCCCUCUUGCUGUCAUACACAGAAUAUUGCCCAAGUCCUUGAUUAUGUUGAGAGGACUUCUUUCAGCGUAUGUCACACAGCAGAGUCAUAUUUUGAGAAUGCCAGUGCAGAGUUAGAGAAGAGCCAUAAAAUGCUACCCAUGCUAUUUUUGAGAAUAACUUGAAAUUAUUUAGCAGUUGAAGAAAAAAAAACACAAAACACUUUGCUCUUGAGCAAAGUAAGUCUCUUGGAUCAAUGUUUGGUGUACUUCACAAGAAACAAUGAGACAAGUGUUUCUUUUGAGUCCCCAUCUAAAACUAGCUCUUCCAUUUCCUAUGACGGGCAGUUUUUGCUCGGGACAAUCCUAGGGCUGGCAGGGAAGUUGCCUGUGGCCGAGGUGGAGCGUGUGUGCAGAAGGAUUUGUGCAGAGCUGCGACGUGCAUCCAGGAAACAUUAAAACAGCAGUGUGAGUGCCGUGCGUGCGUGCCGCUGUUGGGAAACACUGGGAGUGUGAAGUCCCUAAUUCGCUCUCUGGCUCGGCUGUGGCUGUCCAAGGCAAGUUUGGGGACGAUGCCCACCCCUGGCUAUCAUGCCCAUCCCAUGCCAGAACAUGCCGCAGGGUUCGUGAGGGAAGGCUGUGUCCCAUGGGCAUCCCGAGGGGAGUGGGCUGCCUCGGGGCCGGAAGGGUACGGGGCUGCCCCGAAGCGGGGAAGCUGCCGCCCAGGGGGCCCAGCAGCGUCCCGCAGCAAUUUGGGAGGGAGCUGCACGGUGGAAAAUAUGACCAGUGCCAGGCGGGUGGGUGAGGUCGGCACGGCGGGGCUGGGAGGAGAAGCGGCGCUGCCGGGAGAGGAGCAGCCCCCGACGCCCCGUUUUGGCAACUCCGGGGGCCACGGCUGGCGGGCAGCCGGCGGGUGGGCGCCGGUCCUGGACUGCAUUUCCCAUACUGCCCGAGUGCCCUAAUGUAUGCAGUGCUCAGCCCGGCUCCGUGUGUGUGAGAGUGUGUGUGCGUGUGUGUGUGCGCGCGUGUGUGCGUGUGUGUGUGCGGCGGGAGCCCCUCGGAGAGUGGAGGCUCAUUCACUGAUGAGAGCCGGCACUGAGAGGCAGCACUGCUCCUUCCCUCGCACCCCCGCCGCCUCCCGCGCUGCUACAUGCGAGCGGCGGGCGGGCAGCGGGGCCAGCUCGCCCGGGACUGCCCCGCUCCCCGCACGCCGCCAGCUCCGCGCAGCGCCCGCCGCCAGCCGCACCUGUUCGAAGGGUGACGAUGCUCCAGUAAUUUUCCCCGCUCCAUUCCUAGGCAUCGCUUUACUUUCCUUCCGGGGAAGAUCGUUCUGCUUGUGAUCCUGCUGAGGAAAGACACUCCGAUGGACUUACACCGGGCAGCAUUCAAGAUGGAGAACUCACCCUAUCUCCCCAACCCACUGGCGUCCCCAGCACUGAUGGUUCUCGCCUCCACUGCUGAAGCCAGCCGUGAUGCUUCCAUUCCCUGCCAGCAGCCGAGGCCUUUUGGGGUCCCUGUGUCAGCAGAUAAGGACGUGCACAUUCCCUUUACCAAUGGCUCCUAUACUUUUGCCUCCAUGUAUCACCGCCAAGGCGGGGUGCCGGGAGCAUUUGCAAACCGUGACUUUCCUCCAUCCUUACUUCACCUUCACCCCCAGUUUGCACCCCCCAACCUGGACUGCACUCCGAUCAGUAUGUUGAACCACAGCGGUGUUGGGGCUUUCCGCCCCUUUGCGUCCACUGAAGACCGGGAGAGCUACCAGUCAGCCUUUACACCGGCCAAGCGCCUCAAGAACUGCCAUGACACUGACUCACCCCAUCUGCGCUUCUCGGACACUGAUGGGAAGGAGUACGAGUUUGGCACACAGCUCCCCUCCAGCUCCCCUGGCUCCCUCAAAGUUGAUGAAACAGGGAAGAAGAUCUUUGCUGUUUCUGGCCUCAUUUCUGACCGUGAGACCUCAUCCAGUCCCGAAGACCGAAGCGACAGAUAUAGAAGCGACAACCAAAGAGGGCCCCAGGCGUCUGCAACUGCCACUCAUCGUAUGAUUUUAACUCUCCCCCUCUGCAAAAAGAAAGCAACUUUGUUUGACAGCCAGGCUCCGAUCUGCCCCAUCUGCCAGGUCCUUCUUCGCCCUGGGGAGUUGCAGGAGCACAUGGAGCAGGAGCUGGAGAAGCUCACGCAGCUGAACAUCAGCAAGAGCUCCAUCCUGAAGGAUGCCAUGGCAGCAGGCACCCCCAAGUCAAUUUUGUUGUCGGCCUCAAUCAAGCGGGAAGGAGAUUCUCCGACAGCAUCACCCCACUCCUCAGAUGACAUCCAUCACUCAGACAGAUACCAGACCUUCCUGCGGGUGCGAGCGAACCGGCAGACCCGGCUGAACGCUCGGAUUGGAAAAAUGAAACGGAGGAAGCAAGACGAAGGGCAGGUAUGUCCCCUCUGCAGCCGACCUCUGUCAGGAUCCGAGGAGGAGAUGAGUAGGCAUGUGGAACAAUGCCUUGCAAAGAGAGAAGGCUCCUGCAUGACUGAGGAUGACUCUGUGGACAUCGAGAACGAGAACGGCAACCGCUUUGAAGAGUACGAGUGGUGCGGGCAGAAGAGGAUACGGGCUACUACUCUCCUGGAGGGAGGAUUUCGAGGUUCUGGGUUUAUCAUGUGCAGCGGGAAGGAGAAUCCAGACAGCGACGCUGACCUGGAUGUGGAUGGAGACGACACACUCGAAUAUGGGAAACCACAGUACACAGAGGCAGACAUUAUCCCUUGCACUGGAGAAGAGCCAGGUGAAGCCAAAGAAAGGGAGGCGCUCCGAGGUGCUGUUUUAAAUGGUGGCACACCAAGUACUCGAAUAACGCCAGAGUUUUCUAAAUGGGCAAGUGACGAAAUGCCCUCAACGAGUAAUGGUGAAUGCAGUAAACAGGAGACCAUGCAGAAGACCUGUAAAAACAGUGACAUUGAAAAAAUUACAGAAGACUCUGCAGUGACAACAUUUGAAGCGUUAAAGGCUCGUGUCCGUGAGUUAGAAAGGCAGCUUUCCCGUGGGGACCGCUAUAAAUGUCUCAUUUGCAUGGACUCCUACACAAUGCCCCUGACUUCUAUUCAGUGCUGGCAUGUGCACUGUGAAGAAUGCUGGCUGCGGACUCUGGGUGCCAAGAAGCUCUGUCCUCAGUGUAACACCAUCACGUCUCCUGGAGACCUUCGGCGCAUCUACUUAUGAAGGACCCAGCAGGAGGGCGGGACCCAGCUACUCGGCUCAGCUCGUCACACCCAGGGGGAGAAGAACGACCACAACAACAAAGAAAUACAUAUUUUAAAAUUUAAAGAAAAAACAAACCAGAGACUCCAGUCAUGGACUCGAGGAUAAGGAGCAGUGGGGAGCCUUGGCUGCCAGGUCCCGCAGUUUGAGACCUCCUUCAGCAUCUGCAGCGGGCAAAACCCAGUCCUUUGUUGUGAAGCCCCCUUUUUUAAAACCAGUGUUCCCCAUCACCCAUUCCCUGGAGCUGGCUUUGCAUUGUGGAUGGCUUGUGAGCCCUCCUUUGGACUGUGUUGUUGACCACUCUGCCCCCAGGAGACUGGGGAAGGGACCCUUGACAGAAAGAUGUUAAAUAACAUGUAACUUGUGUUCCUUGAUCAGUUUUUGUUUUGUUUUUAUUUGUUUUGGUUUGAUUUUUUUUUUGUUUUGUUUUGUUCUGUUUUGGUUUUUUGUGGUGUUCUAGUGAUGACUAAAAGGUUUAAAGAAAAAAAAAAAAACACACCCAGGCAGAAAUGAAGCACAUGUAAUAUAGAUUAUAUAUGUUUACAAUGUUGUGUAUAAAUGGGAUAGACUCAAACAUUACAUACUAAUAAGUUUCCCUUUCUUUUCUUUGGGUUGUAUUUUUUUUAAAGAAAAAAAAAUGAGCAGAGAACAUUAAACCCAUAUUUUUCUUGGUUCAGCAAAGUUUUGGCAUUAAAGUCAUUAGUUUAAAAAAAGUAUAUAUAUACAUAUAUAUAAUAUAAAUGGUUUAAUGUUCUGUGGUGUAUAUUUCCUCAUUCAGAUAUGAAGUUAACAGCUUUUAGUAAUGGCUGUAGCAUUGCCCAUAACUUACAGAACUUAUGGGGAGUAGAGGAGGUGGAUUUUUGUCAUUAGUUGUAGCUAAUGGGGCUAUUUAUAAUAGAAUCGUUAUCCCCGGAAAGACACAGCUUUUAACUCCUCACCGGGGGGCCAGGCAGGACAGGGGUAAUCUGGCUCAGCCCCCUUCAUCUUUGCCAGCUGGGGAAGGGGCAAAUGGUAAGGAGCUGGAGGGAGGGAGUCUGUCAGAGCUGCCCUCUCCCCUGGCUCAAGGGUCCGGCUGAUAGCUGUGCUCCUCCAGGUCACAGCCCCUUCCCCUGCCCUGACUGGCUUUGCUUUCCUCCUCUGGGCAGCCUUUCCUGGCUGAGGAUGCCUGGGCUGCUUAGGAUGGUGCUGAGGCAGGACAGUGGGUGGGGCUGGUAGAGGAUGGGAUGGUGCUGCUGGUGGCUUUGCCCAGAGAGACUCAGCAGAGCCAGCCCUGCCCUGCUCUUGCUUCCCCCAGCUCCCACUCUCCUGCAGCCAGCAUUUUUCCUAAGAGAUUUUGGCACUAGGGCAGAGAGCCAAGCCAGCCCUGUCUCAUCCCCACUGCCACACUCAGCUGGAUCCAGAGGUCUCCCACAGCCCCAGCUUCUUCCACGCAGUCCUUCAUGCUUGUCCCUGUCUCCUGUAUUCUCAGCCUUAACCAAAGCUGCCAUGUGGCCUGUUUUUCUGUUGUUCUUUCUUUUAUUGUCAGGAUCCAAGAAACAGAUACUGACCUGUUUCCCAAGGCCUUGGGACUUCUCCCAGCCCCACACUGUGCAUCCCUGCUGCAGCUCCCUGUGCAGUUGUAGGGUGCCAGCUCCCCAUAGCCAGAAAACAGGGAGAUGGAAAAGCUCAUCUGCCCCUCUCCUUUCCAAGCAGAUCCCACCUGGCAGCACAGCAUAGCUGGGGCAUUUUAAGACAGUCUGGGAACAGCAGUGGAUGAGAGGUUUGGAGCUGGGAUCCCAGUGCUUCUGGGUGUUUCCAGAGAGGGAAGGGCUGGGUAAGCAGGAUGUGUUGGGGGCAUGACACUGCUGCUUCCCUAUCCUGAGCUCUUUGGCAGAGAACAGCUGCAGCUUUGGCAUCUCCUGACUGAUUUCAGAAAGAUCCCACUGCACCCCAAAAAUGCCCAAGUGAAAUUGAAGGAACUGCUUCAUAAACAUCUCAUCAAAAGGUGACAAUUCCUAACUGGGAGUUUCCCUUGUGUCCAAGAUCAUAGCUGUGUGUGGUCUCUGAUGCCAGAGAGCUGCAGCCUCCUCUACUCUGUGCCAGAGAACCAGAGGAAGCUGAGGCACCCAGGAGGGUCCUGCCUUCACAGGGAGACUGCAGGCAGGGGCUGUCACUGUGGGAUAACCCGCAGCCAGCAGCACAAUGCUGAGGAAGGGCAGGCAUGCACAGCUCAGGCAAGAUUUCUAAAGGGAGAAAAACUUGCAGGGCACAUGGCUCAGCUGGGAGUGUGCUGGUGCUGAGGUCUCAGAGAUGGAGAGGGUGCAGCCAGAUGGUUUGAGAGGUGGCCAGGAAGGGCAAGAGGGUAGGACACCCCUACCCAGCACUUCCUUGGAAAUAGCCUGGCACCCUCCCAGGGCUUUUCUGGCAGGUGUUGUGGACCAGCCAUGUGCUUUAUGUGUAAAACCAUAUGUAACUAGUCAUUGGUUCUUUGCUUUGGGGUUUAUUUUUGGUUUAUUCUUUUUGUUUAAUUUGUAAAACCAUGCCCUGUUUUCAAGGGGGAAGCUGCAGGGGGAAGGCUGGGGGGAGAGGCAUCCCAGUUUGUAACAGGCAUCCGCCACUUCCCCUCUUCUGUAAUUAAUUUAAAUGAUUUAAAAAGAAAAAAAAAAAAAAAAAAAAGUGAAAUAUAAGAGUUACCUAUCUUUGCCCAAAGAAUCCCAGUUGCACAAAGCGAUAUUCCGGUGUGUCAAUGAUUGUGUGUCAGUGUAUACUAUACAAAGAGGUACUUGUCACUCCCGUUUGUAAACUACAUUUGACAUUAAUUAAACAAGUAUAAAUCUUC